AUGACGAUUCCGCCGCCGCUGCGCUCGCGGUUGCUGGACGGGGAAAGAGGUUCCCGUUUCACCGGCGCCAAGGUUGGCGCCGACCUGGGACUCGGCAUCGCCCUCGUCGCCGAUCCGGACGACGAGGAACUGGCAGCCAUUCGCCGUGCCUGCCAGCUGCCCCGACGACGGCUGGCCGAGGCCCUCGACAGUGGCGUCAUUACGCAGCUACCCGGCGUGUCCAAAAAUCGAGCGAAGAAGAUGACGAUGUCUCGUGCCGCCGCGUUGCUGCUCUGCCUUGUGCUCGUCGGAUCCGUAAACCUUACGGCGUCGUACUUCGACCCCGGCCCACCCCGCCGCAGCAAGAACAGCGACGUGAUCGGCAUCGAUCUCGGUACAACCUAUUCCCGCGUCGCCGUCUACCGGAACGAGCGUGUCGAGAUCGUCCCCGACGAGCAUGGCAACCGGGCCACCCCAUCGCAGGUCGCCUUCACGGACGGCGGCAACAGGUUCGUCGGCGAGGCCGCCAACACCAUCUAUGGCGCCGCCAAGCGCCUGCUGGUGCUCGUGCUCAGCCCCGAGGAGAUUGCCGCCGACGUGCUCGCCAAGCUGAAGGGCACGGCGGAGGCCUUCCUAGGGAUGAACAUCACGAAGGCGCUGAUCACCGUCCCGGCCUACUACAAAGACGCGCAGCGGCAGGCUACCAAGGACGCCGGCGUCAUCGCCGGGCUUGAGGUCCUACGCAUACUAAACGACCCCUUCGCUGCCGCCAUCUCCUACGGCCUCCUCGACAGGCGCUACGACAAGAAGAUUCUGGUGUUCGAUCUGGGCGGCGGCACGUUGGACGUCACCGUGAUGAUAGUAGAGGAUGGUGUAUUGGAGGUCCUCUCCAUCAGCGGCGACUCCAGACUCGGUGGCCAGGACUUUGACCAACGCGUCGCGGACCACUUUGUCGAGGUGAUCAAGCAGAAGCACGGCCGGGACAUCACCGGCGACAGCCGCGCGAUGCAGAGGCUGCGCCGGGAGUGCGAGCGGGCCAAGCGGGCGCUGAGCGACGAGCCCGAUGCGCGCGUUGAGAUCGAAGAGCUGUUGGACGGCGUGGACUUCUCGGAGCCGCUCACGAGGGCGCAGUUCGAGGAGCUCAACGAAGACCUCUUGCUGAAGGCAAUGGCGCAGGUGGAGAAGGCCGUGGCGGACGCCGAGCUGGAUAAACGCGAGAUCGACGAGAUCAUCCUCGCCGGAGGCAGCACGAGGAUCCCCAAGGUGCAGCAGCUGGUCAGGGAUUACUUCGACGGCAAGGAGCCUCUCAGCGGGAUCGACCCCGACGAGGCCAUGGCCUAUGGCGCCGCCGUCCAGGGAAGCUACUUGACGCGAUACGAGCAUGCGGAGCCGGAGCUGAAUCGGUACUCGCCGUGGUAUGGUGCGCUUUCGAUUGGCAUCGAAACGGAGGAUGGCAAGAUGACGCGGGUGAUCCCAAGGAACCCGACCUUGCCGACGAAGAAGACGCACGUCCUCACCACGUUCUGGGACAAGCGGUCCACCGUGACAAUCAAAGUGUUUGAGGGCGAGCGCAGUGAGACCAAGGACUGUAGAUUCCUCGGCCAGCUCGAACUCUCCGGCAUCCCUGCCGCAAGUAUAUGGAACUGGGGCAGGCGGGACAUCGAGGUGACUUUGGAGGCGGACGAGCACGGCGAGCUCCGCGUGGAGGCGACGGACAAGAGGUCCGGCAAGUCGGAGAGCGCCAUCAUCGACCGCAGUGGCCGGCUGAGUCCGGAGGAUAUCGACCGGAUGGCCCGCGAGUGGGAGGCGUUGCUAGCUCGAGACGAGCUGCAGGCGUACGUGCGCAGCGUCAUGGACGUGGUCGACGGAAAGAUGGAGCCUGAGGAGGCGGCGGUGACGAAAGCGAGGGGAUGGUUCGACGUCAACCCGGUCGCCGGGAAGGACUAUGAGGAGAAUCUCAGGGAGCUGGUGGACGUGUGCUACCCUGUCGUAUCGGCCGUGCACCAGAGGUUCCCCGGUGGCCACGAUGACGAUGAGCUUUAGGAGCUUCAAAUGCAUUUCUCUC